UUAGUCACAUAGUGUGGCGAAAAAGAGGAUAAUGGCGCUAUCAGGGACAGGCGUCAAGCGGAAAACAUGUUAUGACCAGUCUGAUGAAGAGGACGAAGAGGAGUCUUUAAGACUAAUUAAACGUCCGAAAACAACAAGCCUAUCAGAGGCGGAAUCAAACCCAAGAACUCCUUCGAUCUCAAUCCCAAAAAAUGCCCUAACGCCGUUCUCGGAGUCUGGUUACGGUGCAUCGAGUUUCGGCAUAUCUCCCGGCACAUUUUCCAAACAAGAUUCAUCUGUGGUUCAGCCUGCAUCGAACGGGUACAGCUCGGGUAUAGACUCUGAUUGUGGGACGCCAAAAAUUACUCGAAAGCUGUGGCCAUCCGAGAAACAAAAGGAAACGGUCAUUCUUACACGGUUUGGGCCUGAUCAUUUAAAGAAGUUUUUACAAAAGAACUACCUAAUAUUGAAGGAAGAGAUCGAUCCAAAAGGCAUUGCAGAUAUUUUGCGUGCAAAAGGUGUCAUCAGACGUCAGGCUAUGGAACGAUUAGGCGAAACAAAAAGCAGAGCGCAGCAAGCAGAUAUACUUAUUAAAGCUAUAGCGAAAUCUAAAAUGGCAAAGGAUGUAAAUGUAACUAGAUAUGUACUAGAUGCAUUCACCGAUGAAGGUCGUGAAGAUCUGUUUGUCUCGUUUGAAGAAGAAAUAGAUACGUCCUAUUCCACAUUUCUGCCUAUAUAUUUUGAUGUAGAUGAUAUUGAGGAGAAAUUCUUGCACCAUUGGAAGGACAUAGAAGAUGAAAUUGAUCCGCUAGCGAUCAUUGAUCAGCUUCUGGCAAAGUUUGUUCUCUCAUUUGACGAACAUGAAAAUAUCAAAAGCAUAGAGUUCAAACCGGAUAAAAUGUUAUGUCUAUGCGAGUAUGUCCUUCGAAAGUCAUGGAAAGCAUUUGGUGUAUUUUGCCAAACCCUGAAGGAAGAGCCGAUCUAUUCACACAUCGCAGAUAAAUUGAUGUCUGAAACUAGACCUCGAAAAUCACCGAAAGAAGGAAGAUCAUGCGAAAACACUGAUUUUCGAGAAAAUGUGAAAGUCAUUCGACGACAACAUACACAUGACAUCGGUGAUGGAAAGACUGAAAUAAUAUUUGACUUGGGAUCAAAAGAACUGGAAAAGAUGAUAGUCGAUGACUAUUCGGAUGACGACGAACAACUGCAUUUAGAGGCAAUGGACCUAGGAUUUGAAGUAGAAGAAGUUAAGUUCUCAAGCAUCAAGAUAAAAUUGUCUAGACUUUCAUACCUGUCACAAGCUGAAAUUCUUCGGCGUUUGAAAGAAUCGGAUGAAUUUGUCUGCAAGAUGUUAAAGGCUGUUUUGAAAAAGAAACAUCUGAAGAAAUUGAGGCAAGCUGCGGUUUCCAAAAUACCGUUUAGAGUAACUUUUCAGUGGCCAAAACCAGAGCAAGUUAAGUGUCUAUGCAUCCUGAAAAAGGAGCACAUUGUUGAACACUUUACCAAGAUAGAAGGGAGCCUAAAGCAUGUUGAUGUAAUCUCAAGAGCCUUUGGUGCAUUCGAAGGAUUUCCAGAAGAAAAAAGAAAUGAAUUCUCGAGCAUGAAAACUAACGAAAAUGACAACAAAGCAGAUGCGCUUCUGCGAAUGAUUUUAGACGGAAACACCACACAUCUAUGUCUACUGGAAAGGGAACUAAGGAAUCAUGGCUAUAACGAUCUUCUUAGGGACAUUACCUCCCCUGCUCAACAAUUAGACACAGAUAAGAUUCCAGUAGAGAAUCUUGAAAGGCAUAAAGGCUUGCUUUUAGAAGAAAUUGAACCAAGAAGAUUUUUAGAGAUGGUAGCUGGCCUUGAGGGUUCAGAUGAAGUCGUGGAGACGAUUAUGAACAAGAGUUUAUUGAGACGACAGAGGUGCAACGCGCUUAUUAAGUUCAUAAAGGAAAAGAAUGCAAUGACUGUCUUUGUUCAGGAGCUCAAAAAAAUCGGCCUGACACAUGUCGCUGAGAAAUUCGCAGUCCAGAAGAUUGCCCCGCAACGAUGGAGAGAAGCCAUUAUUUUUUCAUCGAAAGACAUUGUCAAUGAAAUCGAGCCGAGUCGAUUCAAAACCUAUUUCAGAACUAUUGAAAGUAGCCAUUCAUUGGACGAAGCAUGUAAACGUCAAAGCCGACGACAGCGUGCUUUGUUCUUCUUGAAAAGUCUAACAAAAGGAACGGACUCAUUCAUUAGUGGUUUUAUCAGCGCCAUGGAAAUACUAGGUUAUGACAGUUUGCUACAAACGCUCAAAGAACGUGCGGAACAAUACAAGGAGUGUCCAAGACUUGCUCAAGGCAAGCUUGAAAACAGAAACAUAGUUGCAUGUGGGAAUAUCAGUGUCCAAUAUAACGAAGAAACAGAACAAGACUGUGCAUUUAGAAUAUAUGUGGAUUUACAAGCGAAACUGGCGGAGAGUGGGGACGAAAAUAGCGAAGAAGACAACGAUGAGGAAGAUUUUCCGUUUAAUCACACAAGGACUAAAGAGUGGAUUAUGAAGCAAAAACAAGAGAGAAAACGUAAACACGAAGAUACUAGUGUGGAGGAACCUUGCGAUGAAAUUCCCAUGAAAAAGAAGAAAGACCACUCUGAUAGCUCAACAUUAUCUCAAGAAGUCAUUCAAACUGCCAGAGCUGAUGAGGUCUGUGAUCCCUUCGCUUCAGUUAGCUCCCCUAGAGCAAAUCAAUCUUCACGACAUAGUUCAGGGAGAACGCAGCCUAUUGAGUAUGAGGAUAUAUCACCUCCUUCGUCGCCAGUAUUUGGGACAGACAAAGACCACCAACGGUUAACAGCCCGGUAUUCUGUCAACGCAACGCAGACACCAAUGGGUCGACGGAGAAACUCACUAUCCGAUGGCGCUUCGAACUACUCGUCAAUUCCAUCGUCAGCUGAAUCGCCGAGUUCGCCAGCACCACUGAGUCCAGCUUCCACAUCCGUGUCGCCUGUAACUGUUCAAUGCCGACGUCGUCACAUUCUAGGGGAACCGCUUCUGUCGCUUAUAUAUAAUAUGUGGGGCCUAAGCAAAAAAUAGUACUGUUUGUACAGAAACAAUGACGAUGUGAAAUUCAAGUGCAGCUGAAAUGGAAAUCACGGUUAAAAAAAAACGUUAGUUUUUAAUUGUAAUUUUUCAACGUUUUACUGUUUCAAAGAAUAGAAUAUUACAUGAUGUUUGAUGAUGGACUUUUGAAGAAACCUUAUAUGAGUGGAUCUCGUUUAUCGCCACAUCACAUAUAUUUUUACUACUUGAAUUUAUACAUGUUCAUGUACACAUCUUUAUAAUUUAUAGAUGCUUCAUGUGUUUAUGCUUUCUUCUUCAUACGUGAAAGAUUCUUCUCUUCUUAUCUUAUUAUUCAUUCUAUUUUGUCUGAUUUCAAACCCAUCGGAAGUAUACAUGUUUUAUUCAUAAACGAUUUUGAACGACAUACAUCUUGAUUUUCAUAUAUAUUAUGAUCAAUAUUUUACUUUCAUAAGUAUUUAUUUGUACAUGUUUUUAUAAUUGAUUCGACGUUUUACUCAUAUAAGUAUUAAAUUAUACAUGUGUUUUAUAAUUGAUUCGACUUGUUUCUCUUAUUAGUAUUUAUUUUUUAUGUUUUUUAUAAUUGAUUCGACUUUUUACUCUUAUUAGUAUUUAAUUGUACAUUUGUUUAUAAUUGAUUUGUAUACGACAAGGUAAUAUUGUAAAUUUAACAUACAAUGAUUGCCUUUGAUUUUGAUUUGCAGUAAAAUCUUGACUUUAAAGAUUAUACAUUUAUUUAGUUGUCGGCGUUAUCGUCGUCGUUACCAAUAAAAUGUUUAACGGUUUAAGAUAUUGAAGUAUUUUAGAGACACAUGCAAGCACCCUACAUUUGGAACAUCAGCCUUAGCUACCGCUUUCCGUACUGUAGUUGCAUUACACAUAUCUUUUUACUUUUCAUCACUUAAUUUAAAUAUUAAUACGAUUUUUUUAAAACCUACAACAACAGUAUAUGAAAACAUACGUUAAAGAAUGAUGAACUGUUAAUGUAUUUAAUUGCACGUCUACGGAAAAGAGUUUUUUUUUCAUUUAAGGAACACGUUUAAACUUUAUGAACUAGACAACAUGAUUGAUCCAGAAACAUUUAGAUAAUAAUCACGGUAUUCUAUGUGCAAUGAUGUAAAUAGAUGAUGCCUGGUGACCACAUAUUAUUGCAAACACGUCCGAGUACAAUAUAAAAAAUUUAAACACAAAAUGCAAUUAAUUUAUAUAAAGUAGUUCUUGUCUGUUCGGUAUUUUCUACAUUAUAAACAUAUUAAAUCACAAGCGAAUAUCCUUUCGAAUGAAAAACAGUUAUAUGGGACAUCAGAUAUCAAAUUUAACAUUAUUGCCAAUGGCUCAAUGAAUCGAAAAGGCUGUUCUGUGAGUGACUUCACCCCCACCCCCCCUUCCUUCUCCCACUUCUUUCCUCUUUCUUAUUAUUACUAUCAGUCCCCUCCCAACCACCGUGUAUUUCUUAAUCCACUUUUGUAAGAAUUAUAUUUCUAAAGUUAUAA